GCGGAUCACGAUGAACAUUCUUUAGGGACUCGCCAUAGUAUGGCUGCUUCUCGAUCUACUCGUGUUACAAGAUCUACAGUGGGUUUAAAUGGUUUGGAUGAAAAUUUUUGUGGUAGAACAUUAAGGAACCGUAGCAUUGCUCAUCCAGAGGAAGUCUCACCCCAUCCUCAAAUCCGAUCCAGGUCACCAAAGAAGAGGCCAGAGUCUGUGCAAACUCAGAAGGGCAGCAACGGUGGCAGAACUACUGAUUUGAAACAGCAGAGUGCUCGGGAGUCAUGGGUGAGCCCUAGAAAGAGAGGGCUGUCGACUUCAGAGAAAGAUAAUGGUGAUAAGCAAACUCUGGAAAAUAGUGAAAAAAAACAAGCAGAACCUGUUUCACCAGUGUUGAAAAGAAUUAAACGCUGUCUACGUUCAGAGGCACCCAACAGUUCUGAAGAAGACUUGCCCACUAAGGCAGAGAAGGAGUCAUUGGAGCAUAAGAGCUUAGUGUCGGACAAUGACGCAGCCUCCACAGGGACUAAGCGAGCUUGUCGAUGUCUUAUAUUGGAUGAUUGUGAGAAAAGGGAAGUUAAAAAGGUGAAUGUCUGUGCAGAAGGGUUUAGUAAUUCUGCAGUAGUUGAAGAGGUUGCAGGUUAUCAGACUGUCAAUGGAGUUGGUGAGAGAGACUCAAAUUCUCUUAACUGUGAUGACUGUCAGCUUGAUGGGAACACUAAGCAAAACAAUGCUGGUUCCCGUACGCCCAAGGACAAAACAGUAGCAGAAAAUGGAAACUCAUUGGCCCAUUCUUCGUUGUUGCUUAAUAGCAGCAAAGAGGACAGUGUUGUAGACCAUUAUGUGCCUUGCACAAACUCUCAAGAACAGGUAAAGUUAGAGGACCACAAAACAAUAAAUGACUGCUUGCCUGAGGAGCAUGCUAAUCAGGCAUUUGAGCCAGCUGCAGGGUCCUUUUCUGAAAUCCAGUCAUCUUUGUUAAGGGAUUCGGAGGAGGAGGUGGAUGUUGUGGGAGAUAGCAGUGCCUCUAAGGAACAGUGUGCUGAAAACACCAAUAGCAACCUGAAUACUCACCAUGACAGUGCAUCAAUCUCAGGUGAACCUGAACCACAUUCUUCAGUGCUGAACUGUGUUUCAGCUCAGAUGACAAAUGUGUUGGAACUUCAAGAACACAGAUACACAUUGAGAACUUCACCACGGAGGGCUGCCCCUGCCAGAAGUAGCCCUACUAAAAAUAACUCUCCUUGUAGAGAAAACGGACAGGUUGAGGAAAAUAAUCUUAGUCCUACUGAAAAAAAUGUACCUGUAGGUAUUAAUAAUAUCAAUGGAUCUCCCAAAAAAUCUGAAGAAAUCAAACAGAAUGAAAAAGAGAGAAAUAGUAAUACAGGGGAUCAUGGGAGUGAUGGACUAAGAAAGCCACUUUCUGAGUCUAGGCUUGUUGCUGGAUAUGUACCAUCUGCCAAAGAGAGUACCAACAUCCACACUGCAGAGGAAGAUGAGGAAGAGCCUGAUGUGUAUUACUUUGAAUCAGAUCAUGUGGCAUUGAAACACAACAAAGAUUAUCAGAGACUGUUACAGACGAUUGCUGUACUCGAGGCUCAACGUACUCAAGCAGUUCAAGACCUUGAAAGUUUAGGCAGACACCAGAGAGAAGCACUGAAAGAUCCUAUUGGAUUUGUGGAAAGACUCCAGAAGAAGGUUGAUAUGGGUCUUCCAUUUCCUCAGAGAGUUGUUCAGCUCCCUGAGAUUGCCUGGGACCAAUAUACCACUAGCCUUGGAAACUUUGAGAGAGAAUUCAAAAACCGAAAACGUAACAGUAGGAGAGUGAAGCUGAUUUUUGACAAAGUAGGUAUCCCUGCAAGACCAAAAAGUCCUUUGGAUCCCAAGAAGGAUGGAGAGUCUAUUUCGUACUCUGUCUUGCCUUUAAGUGAUGGUCCAGAAGGUUCCACAAACAGUCGUCCACAGAUGAUAAGAGGGCGACUUUGUGAUGAGACCAAACCUGAAACUUUUAACCAGCUGUGGACUGUAGAGGAACAGAAAAAACUCGAGCAAUUGCUUUUGAAGUAUCCGCCAGAGGAGGUGGAGUCCCGUCGGUGGCAGAAGAUAGCAGAUGAACUGGGAAAUAGAACAGCAAAGCAGGUUGCCAGUAGAGUGCAGAAAUAUUUUAUUAAACUGACUAAAGCUGGUAUUCCAGUUCCAGGAAGGACACCAAACUUAUAUUUAUAUUCCAAAAAGUCAUCAAGUAGACGGCAACAUCCUUUAAAUAAACAUCUUUUCAAACCUUCAACUUUCAUGACAUCUCAUGAACCUCCAGUUUAUAUGGAUGAAGAUGAUGACAGAUGCAGUUUUCACAGCCAUAUGGAUACUGCAGCAGAAGAGGAAGUAUCGGAUGAAGAAAGUAUUCCAGUAACAUAUCGGGACUUACCUGAAUACAAAGAACUGUUAGAGUUUAAAAAAUUGAAGAAACAGAAACUCCAGCAGAUGCAUGCAGAAAGUGGCUUUGUGCAGCAUGUGGGAUUUAAGUGUGAUAACUGCGGGAUUGAACCUAUCCAGGGUGUUCGGUGGCACUGCCAAGACUGCCCUCAAGAAAUGUCCUUGGAUUUCUGUGAUUCGUGUUCUGACUGUCUGCAUGAAACAGAGAUUCAUAAGGAAGAUCACCAGUUAGAACCUAUUUACAGAGCAGAGACAUUUUUAGACAGAGACUACUGCAUGUCCCAGGGCACCAGUUACAAUUAUCUUGACCCAAACUACUUUCCAGCAAAUAGAUGACAUGGGAAGCAGAUCUACCAUCUUGGGUUUACUAUCCUCUUUGAAAAAUAACAAUGGCACCAUUGUUAAUUCUGUGCACAUUUUGGAAAGACUCUGCUUUCCCUGAAAUGUCACUCACAGCAUGACAGCUUCCUGGGUGUACUUGUCAAACUACAGCUUUGAGCUGUCAUGGUUCUAGAUCACUGAACAGCAGCUGAACAUUCCUAGUGUGCAGAAGGUUUCACUGGGAGAUUUUCUUUCACCACGUUAGUCACUUUUAGGUGGUGAAUCUAAACAAAAGAAACACAUACAAAAGGGUGAGCCAGAAAUGAGAGCACACAUUAAAGAUAGAGUAAAUUCCAAAGGCUUUGAAGAACUUGGUUAUAAUGAGAUCCAGAGGAGAUGAAGUAUUUCUAUAAAAACAGUUUAGUAGCUUGCAGUUUUGUUGUGAAAUAGUUUUCAGCACAGUAACUGACUUCUUUAGGCAAGGUUUUAACCAAUGACAGUGUUUGCUUCUAGGCUGUACUCUAAAAAUACUCACUGUCUCGGCGAUGGUUGGCUGCGGGCCUUUAUUAAAUCGGAGCUGCUUAAUCAUGUUGACCUUCAAUUUUUAAAAUUUUUUUUUAAAACCACAAUGAACUUUAUUUACCAACAGUGAAGCACUACAGGGGGCAACUGUGGCAUUGCUUCCUUAACCAGCUCAUGUUGUGUGAAUGUUAUAAAAUUGUCACUCAGAUAUAUUUUUUAAAUGUAAUGUUAUAUAAGAUGAUCAUGUGAUGUGUACAAAAUAUGGUGGAAAGUGCCAGUGCUAGUAACUGUGUAAAGUCUCUAAUACUCAACAUUUACUCCUUUAAAAUAAAAUACACAGCCUUCUGCCUCUGUAUUUGGAGUUGUUAGUGCAACUCAUCAAAGAAAACUGCCUAAUAUAAAUCAUAUAUAUGGUAAUAAUUUUUCCUCUUUUGUAGUCUGCACAAGAUCCAUGAAAGAUUGUAUUUUUAUUACUAUUUAAACAGUGAUUAAAUUUAGCCUGAGCAGUGAGCAAGGGUUCACAUGCAUUCUUUUAUACUGCUGGAUUUUGUUGUGCAUCAUUUAAAACAUUUUGUAUGUUUCUUCUUAUCUGUGUAUACAGUAUGUUCUUAAUUAAUGUUCAAUUGUCAGGAGAACUGUGAGAAAUAAACUAUGUGGAUACAGUCUGUUUAUAUAUAGAAUGCUUGCUGUGACUUCCUUUCUGUGUAGUUCUGACUCUUUAAUCAAGAUGGAAAGUGUUUCCAGGCGUUCGGAUGGGUCCCGCAGCCCCGGCUGUGCUGGGGCAGCUCUGGCCCUGGCAGGAUUAGCAUUCCAGUUCUCUCCUUCCUCACUCACAGACUUCUUCGUCAGAUCACAGAAAAACCAGAUUUUAGUAGCCUUGGUGCAGUGUAUACCAUUGUCUGAGAA